AUGAAAACUUGGUUCCUCCUCCUUGCCAUUCUCCUCGCCGCCGCGACAUUGCCACUUUCAUCUCCGGUAACCACCGGCGCCGGAAAAUGGGAGCUCCUACAGGAAAGCAUCGGCAUCGUUGCCAUGCACAUGCAGCUCCUCAACAACGACCGCGUCAUCAUCUUCGACCGCACCGAUUUCGGCUUAUCCAACCUCUCUCUCCCCAACGGCCAAUGCCGCUACGAUCCCAACGAAAGAACCGUUAAAACAGACUGCACCGCACACUCCGUUGAAUACGAUGUCGCAUCCAACACCUUCCGCCCAACGUUCAUCCAAACCAACGUCUGGUGCUCCUCCGGCUCCGUCACCGCCGACGGCACUUUGGUCCAGACCGGCGGCUUCAACGACGGCGACCGCAAAGUCAGAACCUACCGUUCAUGUCCAACCUGCGACUGGCAAGAACUCACCGGCGAACUUGCCGUCCGACGAUGGUACGCCACCAAUCACUACCUCCCGGACGGUAAGCAGAUCGUGAUCGGCGGCAGAAGGCAAUUCAACUACGAGUUUUACCCCAAAACUGAUUCAACUGCGAAGAACGCUUACUCUUUACCGUUUCUAGUUCAAACCAGCGACCCUCACGAAGAGAACAACUUGUACCCCUUCGUUUUCCUCAAUGUGGACGGCAACCUCUUCAUCUUCGCCAACAACAGAGCUAUUAUGUUCGAUUAUACUAAGAACAUUGUCGUUAGAACAUUCCCGAAUGUUCCAGGUGAAGAUCCAAGGUGUUAUCCUAGCACAGGUUCCGCUGUGCUUUUACCGUUGAGGAAUCUACACGCGCUGUCAUUGGAAGCAGAGGUUUUGGUUUGUGGUGGAGCCCCGAAAGGAUCUUUUCGAAAAGCCAAAACGGGUAAUUUUAUCGGAGCCUUGAAUACGUGUGCUCGGAUUAAAAUAACCGACCCGAAUUCUAAUUGGGUAGUGGAAACAAUGCCGGGUGCUAGAGUCAUGAGUGAUAUGGUUAUGCUGGCAAACGGCAACGUUUUAAUUAUUAACGGAGCGGCGGCUGGGAGUGCUGGAUGGGAACUGGCGCGUGACCCUGUUUUGGAACCGUUUCUUUAUAAAACGGAUAGUCCAAUCGGGUCUCGGAUCGAAAUUCAAAGCCCGUCAAAGACACCACGGUUGUACCAUUCCGCCGCCGUUCUGCUUCGAGAUGGGAGGGUGCUCGUUGCUGGGAGCAACCCUCACGUUGGUUACAAAUUCACCAACGUCAUGUUUCCAACGGAACUUAGUGUGGAAGCGUUUUGGCCUUCGUAUUUGGAACCUCGGUUUUCUAACGUGCGUCCUAGAAUUGUGUCACCUGCGAGUCAAACAAAAGUGAUGUAUGGUGAGAAGUUGAAUGUUCGGUUCGAGGUGGCAGCGAUAUUGGAUAAAAAUUUAGUGUCGGUGACAGUGUUGGCGCCGCCAUUUAGCACGCAUUCUUUCUCGAUGAAUCAGAGGUUGCUAGUGUUAGAUGGUAGCAGCGUCACCUAUGUGGAAGGGGCAACGUAUGAAAUUGAUGUCACCAGCCCCCCUUCGCCUGUUCUCGCACCACCCGGCUUCUAUCUAUUGUUUGUGGUCCACCGAGAAAUUCCCAGCGAGGGUGUCUGGAUUCAGAUCCUUUGA